GCCAGGGCCCUAUUCCCAGCUCCCGGGCCCAGUGCCCACGAGGAGCCGCCGCCAGGCUGCUCCCCCGCCCAGGGGCCGGGCCUAGCGGGAGCGGGAAGGAAUGCGCUUCCGGAGGCGGAAGAGGAGCGGCGGCUGGGCCCCGACCCAAUUCCCACCCCCCUGCGGCCGGACACGGGCUCCCAGCGAGCAGCACGGCGGAGGGAGCGGCGCCGGGCAGAGACACCCAGGGGACAGCGCCAGGGGCUCCCGCUGCGCCGCGCCCCGCGGGGACAGACCUGAGCCAGCCGGGCUCCGAGCGCGCCUCUGCCGCCGCCUUCUCCCGCGGAGCCAUGGCCAAGACAAAUUUCAACUCGCUCUUCUGGGUUGUACUACUAUCUUGCUCGAUUUGGGAUGGAUUUGCCCAACCAGGUGGAAGUGAUUGUAUAAAAGCUAAUGCAAAAUCCUGUGGGGAAUGUAUACAAGCAGGACCAAACUGUGGCUGGUGCAAAGCGCAAAAUUUUUUACAAGAAGGAGAGCCAACUUCUGCCCGAUGUAAUGACUUGGCAGCACUAGAGAGUAAGGGCUGCUCUCCAGAUCAAAUAGAAAAUCCUAGAGGUACCCAAGAAGUCCUCAAAAAUAAAACGGUAACAAAUCGUAGCAAAGGUACUGCAGGAAAGCUCAAACCAGAAGACAUUACCCAGAUCCAGCCACAGCAAUUAGUACUGAAACUGCGAACAGGGGAACCACAGACAUUUUCAUUAAAAUUUAAGAGAGCUGAAGACUACCCCAUUGAUCUUUAUUACCUUAUGGAUCUCUCUUACUCCAUGAAGGAUGAUUUAGAGAAUGUGAAGAGUCUUGGUACUGCUCUAAUGACAGAAAUGGGGAAAAUAACUUCAGAUUUUCGAAUUGGAUUUGGCUCCUUUGUGGAGAAAACUGUGAUGCCUUAUAUAAGUACCACACCAGCCAAACUCAGGAACCCUUGUACAGGGGACCAAAACUGUACGAGUCCAUUUAGUUACAAAAACGUGCUCAACCUUACCAGUGAGGGAGAAUGGUUCAAUAAACUUGUAGGUGAACAACACAUUUCUGGCAAUUUGGAUUCUCCUGAAGGUGGAUUUGAUGCAAUAAUGCAAGUUGCAGUUUGUGGAACACAAAUUGGAUGGAGAAAUGUGACACGAUUGUUGGUAUUUUCUACGGAUGCUGGAUUCCACUUUGCUGGAGAUGGUAAACUUGGUGGAAUUGUUUUACCAAAUGAUGGGCGGUGUCAUCUGGAAAAUAACGUGUACACAAUGAGUCAUUACUAUGAUUAUCCCUCCAUUGCUCACCUGGUACAGAAGCUUAGUGAGAACAACAUUCAGACAAUUUUUGCCGUUACUGAGGAGUUUCAGGCAGUUUACAAGGAACUGAAAAAUCUGAUCCCAAAAUCAGCAGUUGGAACUCUGUCUGCAAAUUCCAGCAAUGUGAUUCAACUGAUUAUUGAUGCCUACAAUUCCUUGUCUUCAGAGGUUAUCUUGGAAAACAGCAAGUUACCAAAAGGAGUAACAAUCAAUUAUAAAUCUUACUGCAAGAAUGGAGUGAAUGGCACAGGAGAAAAUGGCAGAAAGUGUUCCAACAUUUCAAUUGGAGAUGAGGUUAAAUUUGAUAUUAGUGUAACCGCUAACGAGUGUCCAAAGAAAGGACAAAAUGAAACCAUUAAAAUUAAGCCACUGGGUUUCACUGAAGAAGUGGAAAUUAAUCUUCAGUUCAUCUGUGAAUGUCAGUGUCAAAAUGAGGGAAUUCCUAAUAGUCCAGUCUGCCAUGAGGGAAAUGGAACAUUUGAGUGUGGUGCUUGCAGGUGUAACGAAGGACGUAUUGGAAAGCAGUGUGAAUGCAGCACAGAUGAAGUAAAUAGUGAAGAUAUGGAUGCUUACUGUAGAAGAGAGAACAGUACAGAAAUAUGCAGUAACAAUGGGGAGUGUGUUUGCGGACAAUGUGUAUGCAGGAAAAGGGAAAACACCAAUGAAGUCUACUCUGGCAGAUAUUGUGAAUGUGAUAACUUCAACUGUGAUAGAUCUAAUGGCUUAAUUUGUGGAGGAAAUGGUAACUGCAAAUGUAGAGUAUGUGAGUGUUUCCCCAAUUUCACUGGCAGUGCUUGUGACUGCUCUUUGGAUACGUCUACAUGUAUGGCUACCAAUGGGCAAAUCUGCAAUGGAAGAGGAACCUGUGAGUGUGGAACCUGUAACUGCACAGAUCCCAAAUUCCAAGGCCCCACAUGUGAAAUGUGUCAGACCUGCCUUGGUGUCUGUGCAGCGCACAAGGACUGUGUUCAAUGCAGAGCUUUCAAAAAGGGAGAAAAGAAGGACGCAUGUUCUCAGGACUGUAUGCAUUUCAACAUGACACUAGUGGAAAGUCGAGAUAAGUUACCACAGCCUGGCCAGCCUGAUCCACUGUCUCACUGUAAAGAAAAGGAUGUUGAUGACUGCUGGUUCUACUUCACAUACUCCAUCAAUGCAAACAAUGAGGCCAUUGUCCAUGUGGUGGAGACACCAGAAUGCCCCACUGGCCCGGACAUCAUUCCCAUUGUAGCUGGUGUGGUUGCUGGAAUUGUUCUGAUUGGUCUUGCUUUAUUACUGAUUUGGAAACUACUUAUGAUCAUUCAUGACAGAAGAGAAUUUGCUAAAUUUGAAAAGGAGAAGAUGAAUGCGAAGUGGGACACGCAAGAAAAUCCAAUAUACAAGAGUCCUAUUAAUAAUUUCAAGAAUCCAAACUAUGGACGUAAAGCUGGUCUCUAAGUCUCAGGUGAAAAUCCUAUUUACAAGAGUGCAGUGACAACUGUGGUCAAUCCUAAAUAUGAGGGGAAAUGAACACUACUUGUAUUACUUCACAACACUGUAUGCAACGUAGCAAUUUUUGUAGUCACAGUAAGAUAGAUUUAGGGCAAUUCUGCAGUGAUUUUACUAACUCAUUACAUGUAGGUUUGUUUCCUAUGCAGGUUUUUAAAAUGUACAAUAUGUAAUUUUUUUUCUUCAAAUAAAAUAAUCAGUGCCAGGGGACUGAGAGAAAACUUGAGACUGCAUAGCCUAAUCAGCUAAGGUCACAUGGUGCCUUUUUGACCUUUUCCUUACUGUGUUGUUCAAAUGUAGGUCUUCUGUGGGAAGUGUACAAUACUGCUGUUAUGUGACCGGGAGGGAAAUGGUGAAAUCAAUCAGUAUGGGGGCUCUGCCUAGCAACUGAGUAUUAAAAAUUAAGUUUUAGCUUUACAGGGUUAUCAGGGCUUGAGUUUGCAGACAUAGUUAAAAUGUUAACUAAAUAUUUCUUUGCAAACUCUCUCAGAUUAUUUUUUUUAAGUUGAUCAAUGACUGGGUAUCUGUUAGAUAUAUCUGAUUUAGAAACGGUAAGAUGAAUAGGCUGGAAACAAAUGGUGCAAAAGGCUGUGAAAAGUGUCUGCAUACCUAUUAUUAAAUUGUCAAGUGCCAAGUUAUGGACAAAUUGAAGGGGCUAGGAAGGAAAAGCUUUAAAAUUUGUGCCAUUUUUCAAGAAGUUGCUGCUUAGUAUCUUGCAUAUUUUUUCUUUGUAAAUUCAAGCCCUGGCCAGCUUGCAGUACCAUGAAGCACUCACCAGGACAUCCUCUAAAUACAUGAGGGCCUUAAUUCAUAUAGUGUCCUUUUUCGUAAUGUUUCCUUGCUUCAAAGUCUGGUGCCUGUCACCUUUCUAAUCUUUUAAUGUAUUUGGUUGCAAUUUUUUGUAAUAUUUUUGUAUCAGCACAACUUUAUUUUCUUUUGCAGUCUUGGCUGUACAUUUGCCUUUACCCUGUAGCUGAGAUUGCAUAGUUUGUACUGUGACAUGACUGUCACUGUCAGGUUUCAUUUUUGACACGUGCCAUGUAUAUUUGCCUUUGAACAUUAAGAUUGCAUCUGUUACAAAUUGGUUUGUUGUUUUAAGUGCCUUUUUAUUUUAACAGAUGUUCACUUUUUACAGUGCUAUUACUGAAGUUAUUUAUUAAUUAAAAGUACCUAAAAACACCUAAA